UGGGUUGGCACAUUACCAGAAGUUACUUGUCGGGGGACUAUAGCGGUCUUCAGUAUGACCUGGUGCUGAAGAUAAACUUUAUAUGGAAUAAGGAUGAGCUCCUUUCACUAUUCACAAGUGGAGUUUAAUCAACGCCUUUCCAUGGGUAUGACAAUUGAUAGAUGUUACGAACUGGAAAAUGCUCGCUUUUUUUCCUUCUCAAAAUGUCCUCCAAAUUUUCUUCCGAACUUCAGUUACAUAAAACUGGCAGCAGCUGGAUUUUAUUUUGACGGUGGACAGUGUAAAUGUUUUAAAUGUGGUAUUAUUUGGACAGACAAUCACAGCAAUAGGGAUCUAAUGGAAGUCCACAGACAAAUAUCUCCAACCUGUCAUUUUGUAUGUAGUGGAAUCGUGGAAAUCAGGUCUGCAAAUGUUAACUGUCCUUCUAUUGGGAUUAGAAGGUCUCCAAAUGUGGAAAUUCAAGAUGAACCAAGAAGUGAGGAAACAAGAACGAAGGGGAGGCCUAGUACACCAUUCAGAAGUAGUAGUUUAUUGGAUACUGGUUAUAGUUCAUUGGCAUUGUCCACACCAAUCCAAGAACAAGGACAGCCAUCCAAUAUACAAUCCUCUCAGCAAUGUAGCAAUGCAGAAGAAGGUCAUAAUGAUUUUAUAUAUUCAGACUAUAAUGCAAGACUCUCAUCUUUUGGCAAUUGGCCAAAAACACAGACCCCAGUAGAGUUAGCAAGUGCAGGUUUCUUCUAUACAGGUACAGAUGAUGUGGUGGAGUGCUUCUCUUGUGGAGUACGCCUGGUACAAUGGGAGCCACAUGAGAAUCCAUGGAUGGAGCAUAAAAAGCACAGCCCUGAUUGCAAAUUUGUUGAGACAAAAAUGCCACUUCUUCUUAAGCAGCCAUCACCAGUACCUAAAAAACUUGAAGGUGCUGUAGCAUAUCCAGAUGAGAUGCUUACAGAUUUAGAUAUAGACUUGACAAACACAAGUGGAUCAACAAACAUUAUUUCAGGAGGAAAUACUCAUCCAUACCUUGUAUCUACAGCUACAAGAGCAGUUUUGGAAAUAGCCGCUGGCCCAAACAAAAAAAAGCAUGUGGAAAAAAUUCUGGAUGCGCUUUGUUCUGAAUAUGACAUACAUGUAGAAUCAAAAAACGAACCCAAUGCAGUGCAGAUAUAUGGAGUUUUGAUGAUUAUGGAAGAGUAUGAAGAGGAAUUGAAAAAGCGUGAUAAGAAGAUUGAAAAGCGUGACAUGGAGAUUGAAAAGCGUGACAUGGAGAUUGAAAAUCUUGAAAGAAAACAGCUUGCAUUAAACUAUGAAUUAGAAGACGUAAAAUCAAGGAAUACACAGAUAUGUGGUAUAUGCUGUGCAGAAGUCAGAAAUAUGGUGUUUUUUCCAUGUGGCCAUGUCUUUUGUUGUGAACAAUGUGCAAUGAGACUUCAGCAAAAUUCACCACAAAAUCAAAGAGCAUCAUGUCCAACAUGUAGACGUCAAAUAGAAAGAUCUUCUAAAAUUUACUGGUCAUAAUUGUUAUUACUGUGCUGAUAUUAUUAAUUUGUUUUUUAUUGUUGAUAAUGUUAUUUACAUUGUUACUUUUGUUGAAAAUAAGUCCCCACAUUUAAAUGAAAAUGUUAAGAAAGAGAAUAUUUUUGACUUCAUAAAUUAUUAAAUCCCAUUGUGCAAUUUAGGAAUGAUAAAUGUUUUAUAACAAAUGGACAACUGUUGAUAGCAUCAGUGUGUUGUCAUAACACAGUAUGAAUUAGUCAGUCAAACACUAGUCCAAAUGGUCCUGUAUUUUGAUUGAGAUGUGUGUAAUAGUUUCAACAAACGAAGUCGAUAAUUGACUAAAUGGUCCUAUUCAUUUCAAAUAAAAAUAAAAAAUUCAACACUGUCAGCUGUCACACAUGUGACACAAUACUCACGAAUUAAACAUAUUUUGCUUAAGCUCUCAUGCAAAUGUUCAAACUCUCAAAUUUUUCAGAAACUUAAAAAAAAACAACAGAAAUCUCCAAUGAAGUUGAUUAAACUCAUGAAUUGGUUUCAUAUGUUUUGACUCAAUAUUGAAUAUUAUCAGCUACUCCAAGCUAAGUUUGUUAGCAGUGUGUUGGUGACAUUCAUUACUUUUGUAUACUGUAUAAAAGAUUUUAUUUCUCAACCUUAUGGUAAGAUAAAAUAUCGUUUUCCCUUAAUGAAACGAAAUGUAAUAAGGUAUUUGGCUUCUUUUGCCAAAUAUUUUAAAAAAUUUACCAAUUAAGAGUGAUGCAUCUUAGCUUCGAAAAUAUGGCAGGCUUGUUAGGUAAGAAUCUUUACAUUGGUGUCGUUAAUAUCUGUAUUGCAUGAAAAGGUGGAAUCUGUUUUUCUAAUGGUAUUUUUUUCAACGAUAUGAAGUCAAAUCCAAUGAACUGAAAAAAUGUUUAUUUCUAUUUGAUGUCGAUAGACAUGGUCACACUUUUUCACGACAUUACAAUAUCAAAAUCUAGAGGAGAGCAAAUAUUGUAUUUGACCAAUAAAGAACUAGGGUUAAAUGAAUCACAUGUUUAUUAUGAAAAAAAAUAAAUAAAAAUCAACCAG